AUGACAUCGAAAACUGCUCGAGUUCUUGCCAUCUCUCUGCACAACCAACCAUGGUUUGACGACAUGUAUGCCCCGCUUCUCACGGCCCUCAAGUCAAAGGCAGAGUUUCAGCGUGCUGAAAACUCGACGUCAGCCAUUGAGUUUUUGUCACAGCGUCCAGAGCCCUCAGCCAUACUCAUUACAGACGAGGCCUUGACUCUUCAGGACAACAUUUCCGUUUGGGAAGCGGUUCUGGCUUAUGUCCGCCGCGGAGGCACGGCAAUCAUCAUGGGCCUCUUCCCCUCCUUCGUUAAGAGGGACAGUGUGAAGCCAUUCUUCUCCCGAGCAGGUCUGGACUGGGGAGUUGGAUCCUACCACAGGACGACCUUGGCAUUGAACCUAUCCGCGGUUGGGGUGGCCAACACACAGACGCUGCCGCAAAGAUACAGCCAGAAGGCUGUGUUUGUGAAUAACGUCGCAGCAGAGGAAAUGUGGUACAAAACCGACGACGGCUCAAAGGUUCAGUCAAGGGUCUUCCCUUCAACAAGUGCAAAAGUGGCUGGAGAAACCGCCGUGGCACUGGCCAAGGUCGGGGAAGGAAAGCUGGGCUAUGUCGGCGACGUAAAUGCCGAGGACGGGUCGAAUUCGGUCGUCCUUGCCAUGUGUGGAUUGCUGUAG